AUGGCGGAAGCCGACGCCCAAACCCAGAGCAACGCGCAGUCCUCCUCGCCGCCGGCGGAGGCGUCGGGCGAGCCGAUCCGGCCGCCCCAGGUAGGCGCUCCAAGUGCUGCUUCUCCCACGGUUCCACUCAUGUACCCGAUGCUCGUGCCAGGGAUGUUCUCCCAGCAGGGUAUGGAUGAUCAGGCUCAGGGUCCAGGGAUAUAUGCCAUACAGGAGAAUCAGUUCAUGGGGGCGAUGGGAGGUUACGCUCCAAAGACAUUCAUACCGCUCGCUUACAAUAUACCAACAAGUGAAAGCGUCGGGGCAUUGGCUGGUGAAGAGCAAGGACAGGAUGCUAGGCAGCAAAAUGGCCCUCAAAGACAAGUUGUUGUGAGGAGGUUUCACUUUGCUUUUCAGCUUGACCUGGCUCUGAUCAUCAAGUUAGCAGCAGUGGUCUUUUUGUUUAGCCAAGAAGGAUCAAAACAAAGGCUGUUUCUUCUCAUAUUGUUUGCGUCCAUGAUUUACCUAUAUCAAACUGGAGCGAUUACACCUUUCUUAAGAUGGCUCCAGCGGGCAGGAGGUGUGGCCGCUCGUCCGCCACAGGCUCCUGCUAACCGUGCUCCUGUGGCUGCUCAGAAUGAUGGCAACGAUCAACCACCUGGUGGAAACCUCGCAGAUCCUGCAAACCCUGACCAAGCCGCGGAGAACCAGGAACCAGGAGCAGCAGCGGGCAACGAGAACCAGCCAGGUGCAGAGGGAGAAGCAAACCGGCGCAGCUGGCUCGGCGGCAUCUUGAAAGAGGUCCAGCUGGUCGUUGUAGGGUUCGUCGCGUCGCUUCUUCCUGGUUUUCAGCACAAUGACUAG